UCACAAAACAGACGCGCCUCAACGGCCGUUAGAAAAGUGCGCCAUUUUUUGGCUCCAGUGGAAGGAACCGAAUAUUCGUAAAGGCUAGUGCGUGGCGUGAGCGAUUAGGUAUCGUUGAGGCGACUGCGCGAAAUCGCUCUUGUGUAUAAUAGUAAUAAACCUGCGUGAUCGCACACGGAGCGCGGCGGUUACGCCAAGACGCGAAAAUCGUGAGAACGAGUGCUUUGCUAUAGUCUGGUGUAAUUCUUAAAAACUGGUCAUACCGCGAUAACCGCGUCGCUCUUCAUGUUGAUUUCUGGUACAUAUAUAACUGGAAGAGGAAGCUGAACCUUUGCAGUUAGGAGCGUCCAGUUGACCGUUUCUAUUGGAACAACUGCAAAUUGAGGUAGAAUCAUAACAAAAAUGUCCGUGGAAAUAUUAAGUGACUCGGAGCUGCGGAGCAAGCUUGCCGAAUACGGAUAUCCUGUCGGCCCCGUCACCCAGACCACAAGAAAAAUCCUCGUGAAGAAGUUGAAGAAUCUUAUCGAGACACGCGGCGGUACUGGCUCGCGGCAUUCCCUUGCUGCUAGGUACAGCAGCGAUGAUACUGAUGAUGAUGCACCAUCAAAUACAAUUCCUACCAAAAAACAAACAAGCUCGAAUAGAAGAAAAACAUUGGCAAAUCCGAUGCCUCCACCUCCGUCAGCACCAACUGCUCCCAUUACAAUGACAGUGCCAAGGAGUCCGGUUAAACGUCCUGUGAAGUCACUAUCAAGGAAUUCUGACAACCAGGCUUCGUUAGGUUCAGAUUAUGAUCGAGCCUCUCCUGAUCUAACUAGUAAAUCUGUCACAAAGAGUAUACAGAAAAAAAUGUCAAGAUCGUACAAGCUAAGUGCCACUGAUGGUUUGGAAACAGGAUCUGAUUCUGACAUUGCUCAGGAGGGAGAGAAAACAUAUUCUAUUAACAAGUUUGGAUUAGAUCAUGGAAAGCAAUAUGAUUCUAAAAUGCAAGACCGUGCCUCUGCUGAUCCUUAUGAAUGGAGAGCACAACCUCAUGUUCGCACUACUCUAGAUGAUAAAUAUGUCGCCCCACCGUUUAAACCUAAUAUAUCGCCUAUACACCCUAUGAAGGAAGAUCUUUAUAUACGAGAGGAUUCUAACAAGGAUAAUCCUUUGUCUAAUUUUGAGACUCCUUAUUUGUCUGAGUUUACAAGAAGGCUCAGUCUUCGUACCACUGCGAAUCUUCCUUCAGUAUCAAGAUCAUCUUUAACGAGUUCGGUUAUUGGACACACACCAUCUCCAGUUUUAAACGAAGUUAAGGAAACUGACUCAAAUGGUCAUUUCUCAUCACUGAGAUCCUCGUACACGACGUCGAAUACAAGACAACCCUUGUUGAGCUCAAGGUAUGCGACUACACCUGCUGAAAAGCCAAGAGACAUCGUAAGGACAUUCAAAUCUUCAACGGAGACCAAGGAGGCGAAGAAUAAUCAAAACAUGGUGUCCGUGGUCCUGGUGGUUGUCCUGGCCCUUUUCUUUGGCUUACUGGCGAUAAUGUACCUCGGCCUCGGUAGCAAAACUGAAGAGAUACCAGCAAUUUCUCCGGACAGCAACGUGCCUCUGUGCUUGUUGGAGGAUCCCGACCACUCCAGACCUGGUGUCAACUGUGUUCUGCAAGAGAACCUGGAGGAUGUUUUGGACCUGCUUAAAAAACUUCAACCAAUUUUAACAAAAAAGGCUAUAGAAGCUGCCUGCAAGUAUAGCGACGAAGUGCCAUACUUAACGAACAAAAUGAUUAUCAACAUGUUCACCAACAAAGUGACAAAAUUUCAAAUUGAGAAUGAUCUAAACAACGCUCAAGUGCUCGCCAUGAACAACCCAAAAUGGGGGAUAUCCCUUAUGGAGGUGAAUGAUGAAGGCCCUGGUCAGGUCUUAGAUUCGAUGGAGAAGGUCGUGCUGUCACGCGUUGAUGGAAAUAUCGGUAUGGUAAUACUAAAUCCUGAGCUCCCGAUGCAGUGUUACAUCAAGAACAAAAUCUACACGGUCUUCUCAUCGCUGCUUAUCGUCGCCAUCGGUGCCCUGGCAGUUAUUUGCACGCACAAAUCUGUCCUCUGGUAUCUCAGAUACAAAAAGCGCUCGGAAAAGGAAGUCUUUCAGUUGGUGAGCGAUAUCAUUGGCAUGAUCGAGGCUCAUCAUCACAAUACUGUAACGUCCAGUCCUGGUGGGACCCAGGAAACGUACUUAGCUAUCAAUCACGUCCGGGAUGAGCUGAUACCGCCCAAGGAUCGCAAGAAGAUGGGCAGUAUUUGGGAAAAGGCUGUCACAUUUUUGGACGAGAAUGAAUCUCGUGUCAGAAGAGAAGUGCAACAAGUGGCCGGCGAGGAGUUUCACGUGUGGCGUUGGCUGCCAAGCAACAACCUGAACGUCUCCAACUCGCAGGUAUCACAAUGCGCAAAUAAAAAGUCAAAAGUCUGGCAAGGACAGGCUUUUGAAACGAUGGAAGGUUCUGUCAAUAGUCUGACGUGUUCACCGACUCCGUGCCUCAAGAUUCGACACAUGUUCGACCCUGACGUUGAGUUCGAAGAAGACUGGGAGACUAAGGUCCAGGACGCCAUACUAGAGAAGUGCGGUGACCGAGUGAAGAUUCUUCAUAUCAGAGUGGAUCGUGGCAGCCGGGAAGGGUGCGUUUACAUGAAGUGCAUGUCUCAGGAAGAUGCUGGAAAGGCCUACAGAUCUCUUCAUGGAUGGUGGUUUGACAGCAGCUUGGUGACUGUGAAAUACUUAAGACUGGAACGUUACCACGAGCGAUUUCCAGACGCGAUACAUUGCAAGACGCCAUUAAAGCCGAGCAACAAUCAGUGACUCUCGAUGCAGGCGCAUUACUGGCAGAGUCAACUGGAGACCAAUUAAUCAACCAACUCAAGGUCAAUUGAAUCGUUCAUUGCUUGGUCUUUUGCAACGGCAAAGAAAAGGAAAGGAAAUAAGUAAAAAUGAAUAGUCAUAUCCUCUUUAGGUGUAAAGAAAACCCCAUAAAGAGGCACAAGAUGAACGACAGUUCUCGUGAAACGCUGAUAGGCUGACCAUUUUUUAUUACUCUUGCCGUACUUGGCGCUGUGAUCGCUGAAGUGACCAGCGCGUUCUUGUGACGCAAAAGGAAACGAGAUGCGCAAUUUUACGAUCGCCUUUAUUACUUUAUACCUGAAGCAUCGCGGAAUACUACUUCUUCCUACGUUGCAACCGAAUUACACGGCGCUACUUGGCGAUUUAUUAUAUAAUUUAAGCGAGACGCAUACACUCACAAAAUAUUUUUUUUCGUUCUUGCAUUUUUUUUUCUGACUUCUAGUUAACGGCCUACGAUUAGUUAAGACUUUCUGCUGGUUGUGACACAGUAAUGAUAAUCAGCGAGAAAGCGUUUUGAGAAAAGUCAAAUUAAAUGUUUUUCCAAAAGCAAUCCUGUUUCCUCGUAGAUUUUAGAAAGUUGGACUUUUUGGAUAGUUUUUUUUUUUAUAUCGUUGACCAGGCCACAUCUGUCUCGGACUGUGCAUAAGUACAAUUAGUAUUUCGUUCAGAAAAUUGACUAACCCCAUCUUUUUCAUUAUUUUCCCGACAAUGCAUUAGGAGUAACUGAAUUGCUUAUCAUCGCGCAAAGCUUUCUUCGUUUUCCAUGAUUUUUCAAAUUCAACCAAUUGUCAUAUGGCAGCUACUCAAAAGCCAAGCAAUUUUUCUCUGACUCUAUUGUAUCGUUUUACGUAUUCCUUUGCGUUUUGAAUCUAAAGAUUGUCGAAUCCCUUGCAUCUGGAGUUCAUAGAUAUUCUGAAGAAAAAAACCUAUGCCGACGCGGACUUUAUUAAUUGUUAUUCAGUUCAUUUUAUUUUAUUUUUUUUGUUUUAUAUCGACUGCGUAUACCUCCUUGAGUCAGUGUACCUACUAUGUAAAGUAAAUCCCCACUCUUCAGCACUGCAACACGAAGACACAAUUUUUAACCUAUAUAAUUUAUGAUUAAGUGUAAAGAAAAGAAACAAAGAAAACAAUGUCAUCGAUCGAUCACCAAUGUCUCUAAGUGCUUAAAAAUUGUAAGACUCGACAUGGUGACCAGAAAAAAAAACGUAAAAUUUCUUUUCAUUGCGUCUUUAAGGAGAUUUUUCUUUCGUUCGCGCAUAAACGGAAAUAAGAGACUCGGUCGAAGCGCGUUCAAGUGAAUCGGAGUUGAAUGAACUUUAUUGAGAAACACUGCAAUCCAUUUCAAAAUAUUAUAUACCGCGACUGCCUCGUCCACGAUGAUCGAAAUGAUUAUUCAAAGUGAUUAUCAUUGAAUACCUUUGACGAAUCAUUUCUAGUCCAGCGCUGCCAACCAAGCGUCCAUCUAUCGUGUCCAACGGUGUUUUAAGAUAGUGGAAAAGUGCAAAAUGAAAAGAAAAGCAGUUAAGGAUUUUGAAAUAAGUGGAGCGUCAUGUAUGAUCUAAGUAAACGGCAUUAUAGUCUAUCAAGUAAUCUUGUAGUACUGAAUAUAAAAUAUGGCAGACUCGAAGUUUAAGGAAAAAGAAAAAUGUCCAAUUUUACGAGACAUUCGCGGUUUACCAUUCGUUCCUAAAGUGAAAAUAAACGAUGCAGUGUUGGCUCUGUAACGGAAUUAAAAAAUACAAAUAAAAAGAUGUUUUAGAAUGGUCA